CAAGCUCCCCGAACGCACCUUAAGCAUUGCAGUAAGCAUUCCAGUAUAGGUUGAGUUCACUGGUCUAUGGCGCAGGAGAUAGUAUUUCGCACUCUCGCCGCUUGAGGUCCACAAAGUUGAAUCAAAAGAUUUCUCAGAAAAGUUGUUGAUUUAAAAUUUACUCACGGGAGGGAGAAAUUGCUUUCUCGAGAGUACUUGUCAAUCAGUCACUUGGUAUAUAAAGGUGAAGAUAAGAGCUAUUAGCUGUGUAGUAUGAAAGGAGAGACGUUUAGCACUCCCCUAGACAAGGAUGGACACAUAUACAAACUGUUAAUUACAGAGUAGCUUGUCACGUAACCUAUUGGCUCCUUUUUCCUCGAGGCUUUUUGGCUGACUGCAGUAUUCAAACGAAGAAACUGUUAAUGGAGUGACAGGAGUAAUGAACAGUUGGUUAAUUCUUAUUACUUGAUACUGUAACUUGAUACAAUGGAUAAUAAUAGUGAGCAACAGGGAUUGUCAUUCUUGUAUAAUGACUCUGAGGUUCCGAAUUACCAUAAUGUGGAUACCAUGGAAAUGCGAUGCUUAUUGAGAAGCAUUUUGGAAACCAAUCAGGAGAAUAUAGCGCUCACUAGAGAGAUUACAAAUAUAUUGCCCAAAUUGAAUCUCGAACUUAAGACUUUACCCAAUGAUAUAAAAGAAGGUUUAGAUAAAGUGAUCUCUAUCAUGAAGGCUGAGAAGAUUCUUGAAUUUGAUGAGAUAGCAAUAUGUAUAGCUAGACAACGCAAGGAAAUAGAGGAGAAGGCACAACAGCGAGAAGAGAGACAUCUGUUACAGAUGCACAAUGAAUUAUGUAAAAAUCGUGCAAGAUUACUGAAGAAAUUGGACCAUUUGGAAGAAUCAGUUCAUUCCCUUGAGAAUACAAUUACGACUGGCAAAAAUGAUGAUUUAUACUGCAACAUGAUGUUCUUAUCUGCAAAGUUGAAGGAAUAUCAGCAGACUGAAAAGAAAUUAGAAACUGAUUUAAAUGAUAUGGAAGUUGAAGAGCUUUAUCCUGAAAAAAUCUUAGAGAAACACAAAUUGUACUUGGAACUGUUGAGUGACCUGGCUAAUGUUAAGCAAUUUUUGGAUCCGUACCAUGAUUUACCACCUAACUUAACAGAGGCUAAACUAAUGCUGGAGAGCAAAAGAAAAGAGUUCAAGGAGUUAGAACAACAAAUCUUUCAUAGGAUGAAUGAUUAAGUGUCCUGGGGAAAAAUACGAAUUUUCAAAAUUCUUCAAAGGAUUUAAGCGUCUAGCAAAUGUAAUAGUUUUCAAAUUUUCUUGUUCCAUUUGUUUCAGUUUAUUACGCGAACUGUAAUAUUAUAUUGUCUAUCAGUUAGAAGCGUCCGACGACAUCGCGCUUAACAUAAAAGUCCUGGACGAUACUGUCAUUUUUUUAAAUAAUUUUUCUUUAUGAGCUGCGUAAGUUUAUAUGUUAAUCGACAAUCCAUAUAACAUCGAUUAACUUAUGUUGUUAAUUCUGUAAGUUUAUAUUGAAAAGGAUUCAAUGAGAGCUCGAUAUAUUAUGUUAUGCUAUUUUGCUAUAUAAUAAUAUGAGAAAUUACAUAUUUGUUUUAGUUUUUUUAGACAAAAUAAUGAUAAAUAGCACGACCAAAAAUUUA